GACCCGGAGGGGCGGAUCGCAAAAGCGCGCGGCCCCCUCCCUCCCCACCCUUCGUUUUCUCCUCCCUGGCCGUCCCGGCGCCGGCGGCCACCACCGCCCCCACCUAGAUCCCCUGCCCUGGUCUCGUCAUUAAAAUUUCCUCCUCACCCAAUCGCGUCGCGGCCCGCCAGCACAAAUACCUCCUCCCACGCUCGGCUCCCUCCGCUCAUUCCCUCCCCUCCCCUCCCCCCGCCGCCGCCUCCUUCCUCCAUAAAGGAGGCUGCGGAUUUCGAUUUGGGAAUUGCUGCGCGCUCCCUAGGGAGAUGGGUUACAUUGGCCACCACGGCGUGGCGACUCUGCGCCGCUACAAGUACAGCGGCGUCGACCACUCGCUCGUCGCCAAGUACAUCCUCCAGCCCUUCUGGUCCCGAUUCGUCAACGUCUUCCCGCUAUGGUUCCCACCAAACAUGAUUACACUGACAGGUUUCAUGUUUCUGUUGACAUCGGCAUUCCUUGGCUUUUUAUAUUCACCUCAUCUAGAUACAGCACCGCCCAGAUGGGUUCACCUUGCUCAUGGAUUGCUUCUAUUCCUUUAUCAGACUUUUGAUGCUGUGGAUGGAAAACAAGCAAGGCGUACCAACUCAUCAAGUCCUUUGGGCGAGCUUUUUGACCAUGGAUGUGACGCGCUUGCCUGUGCUUUUGAGUCUUUGGCGUUUGGAAGCACGGCAAUGUGUGGAAAGGCUACCUUCUGGUUUUGGGUCAUUUCAGCUGUCCCAUUUUACUUUGCAACCUGGGAGCACUUUUUUACGAAUACACUUAUUCUUCCUAUAGUCAAUGGACCAACUGAAGGCCUUAUGCUGAUCUACUUGUGCCAUUUUUUCACCUUUUUCGCAGGAGCUGAGUGGUGGGCACAUGAUUUCCAGAAGUCAAUGCCCCUACUGGGUUGGGUGCCUCUUAUUCCUGAAAUCCCUGUGUAUGACAUCGUGCUGUGCCUUAUGAUUGCUUUUGCUGUAAUCCCAACAAUUGGAUCUAACAUUCACAAUGUAUACAAAGUUGUUGCAGCAAGAAAAGGAAGCAUGGUGCGGGCACUAGCUAUGAUCUUUCCUUUUGGUUUGCUCUUGGCUGGAGUUCUUGUGUGGUCCUAUCUGUCUCCUUCAGAUAUAAUGAGAAAUCAGCCACAUCUACUAAUUAUUGGAACUGGUUUUGCCUUUGGCUUUCUUGUGGGAAGACUGAUUCUGGCUCACUUAUGUGAUGAACCGAAAGGUCUGAAAACAGGGAUGUGCAUGUCUCUUGCAUAUUUUCCAUUUGCAAUCGCAAAUGCUCUGACUGCCCAGCUUGAUGAUGGAAAUCCUCUUGUUGAUGAGCAACUAGUUCUCUUAAUGUACUGCUUAUUUACAGUGGCACUGUACAUGCAUUUUGCAACAUCUGUUAUUCAUGAGAUCACCAACGCGCUUGGGAUCCACUGCUUCAGGAUCACUAGGAAAAAGGCAUAAUUCACAUCCACGAGCAUUGGUGUUCCCCUGGAUUGUAAUAUAUCACAAGUGGUGCCUGCCAGACAAGAAAAUAUCCUUAUUUAUCUCCAUUACAUCUGCCAUUACGGGGAUGGUGGCCCCCUGAAAUUCACAUGAGCAUGAUGAACCUGCAGACAGACAAACGAGAAAGCCGUGCAUUUUUGAAACAUUUAGUAAUAUUAUGUUGUAUAUUACUUACCUUGAGCAUGUGCCCAUGUAAUGCUCGAUCUGCGAGAAUUUUGAGGGAUUUAAUUAUUGGUAGAUGCUGCCUCUGCCCUGAUAUAUGUCAAUUGUAAGAAUCGGUCAGUGUUGUUAAAGGUAUUAGGGCUUGUUUGGUUGGAGGCCUGAGCCAGGUAGCUGCUCCCAGGCAGCAAUCUAAGCCCUAGGCUGGUGAAAUCGACGGCCUGGAGAUGCUGCCGACCAGGCAGCAAAUGGCAGGCUCAAACCAAACAUGCCCUAAUGAUGCCAAACAAUGAUGCAGGAGUAUUCCAAUAUUUAAUUUAUAAUGAUGCCAAUUCAUGCA